CCCCUCCAUCACCGACAAGUAUUCACUCCGACCCCUCUCUUCUUCCUCUGCCCCAAAAACCCUACACACCGCAUUUCCUCGCCGGAUCAAAGAUGAAGUUUCACUUCCCGCUCGCCGCGGUCUUCAUCUUCUCCUUCAUCUCCGCCCUCCCGCUCGCCGCCGCCUUCUACCUCCCCGGCAGCUACCCGCACCGCUACGCCGCCGGCGACGCCCUCUCCGUGAAGGUGAACUCCCUGACCUCCGUCGGCACCGAGAUGCCCUUCGGCUACUACUCUCUGCCCUUCUUCUGCCGCCCCCCCGGCGGCAUCAAAGACAGCGCCGAGAACCUCGGCGAGAUCCUCCUCGGCGACCGCAUCGAGAACUCCCCCUACCGCUUCAACAUGCACGUCAACGACUCCGCUGUUAUGCUGUGUCGCUCCGACCCGCUCGCCCCCGACGCUCUCGCCCUCCUCAAGGAGCGGAUCGACGAGCUGUACCAGGUCAAUCUCAUCCUCGACAACCUCCCCGCGAUCCGCUACACCAGGAACGACGACGGCUACUCCCUCCGGUGGACCGGUUAUCCGGUCGGAAUUCAUGUCCGCGAUGGCGGCGCCUACUACGUGUUCAAUCAUUUGAAGUUUACGGUGUUGGUGCAUAGGUACGAGGAGAAGACGCAAAAUGAGCCCCCCGGGUGGAUGGUCGUCGGGUUCGAGGUCGUGCCCUGCAGCGUCGCGCACGAUUCGGAGUCCGUGAAGAGCUUGAGGAUGUACGAUAAGUACCCGGGGAGGAUCGAGUGCGAUCCCUCCGUGGUCGCCAUGGCCGUCGGGGAGAACCAGCCGAUCGUGUUCACUUACGAGGUCGCCUUCGUCGAGAGCGACGUCAAGUGGCCGUCGCGGUGGGACGCGUAUCUGAAGAUGGAGGGGGCCAAGGUUCACUGGUUCUCGAUCCUCAAUUCGCUCAUGGUGAUCGCGUUCCUCGCGGGGAUCGUGUUGGUGAUCCUGCUGAGGACCGUCCGGAGGGAUCUGGCGCGGUACGAGGAGCUCGACAAGGAGGCGCAGGAACAGAUGAACGAGGAGCUCUCGGGGUGGAAGCUGGUGGUCGGCGAUGUGUUCAGGGCGCCGAGCCAUCCGCUGCUGCUUUGCGCGAUGGUCGGGGACGGGGUUCAGAUUCUGGGUAUGGCGGUGGUGACCAUUCUGUUUGCCGCGCUCGGGUUCAUGUCGCCCGCCUCGAGGGGAACUCUCGUCACCGGGAUGCUCUUCUUCUACCUGGUUCUCGGAAUCGCGGCUGGGUAUGCUGCUGUUAGGCUUUGGAAGACGAUAAAGGGCGGUGAUCACUCCGGAUGGGUGUCGGUUUCCUGGCGCGUCGCUUGCUUCUUCCCCGGCGUUGCCUUUCUGAUUCUCACCACUCUCAAUUUCCUCUUGUGGGGUAGCCACAGCACCGGCGCGAUUCCCUUCUCUUUGUUCGUCAUCCUGCUUUUGCUUUGGUUCUGCAUUUCGGUCCCUCUCACUCUUCUCGGUGGAUCUCUUGGGGCAAAGGCUCCGCACAUUGAAUUCCCCGUUCGGACGAACCAAAUUCCGCGCGAAAUCCCUCCUCAAAAGUACCCAUCUUGGUUGUUAGUGCUUGGAGCAGGAACGCUACCCUUUGGCACCCUUUUCAUCGAGUUAUUCUUCAUAAUGUCGAGCAUUUGGAUGGGCCGUGUAUAUUAUGUAUUUGGCUUUCUCUUCGUCGUGUUGAUACUUCUUGUUGUUGUAUGUGCGGAGGUCUCUUUAGUUCUCACUUACAUGCAUCUUUGCGUGGAGGAUUGGAAAUGGUGGUGGAAGUCAUUCUUUGCAUCGGGCUCGGUAGCAAUCUACAUCUUCUUGUACUCGGUCAACUAUCUUGUUUUUGAUCUCAAGAGCUUAAGCGGGCCUAUUUCAGCGACCCUCUACUUAGGCUACUCGCUCUUCAUGGUCAUUGCUGUCAUGCUUGCCACUGGCACAGUCGGAUUCCUUUCUUCUUUCUGGUUUGUUCACUACCUCUUCUCAUCAGUGAAAUUAGAUUGAGCUAUCUUGAUGAUGAGGAGUUUCCUUGUCCAAAACAUAUUUGAAGAAUUAGCAGGAAAUGAUAAUUUCACGAUAUCUCAAUCUGUAUCAUCAUCAUCAGCUACCUAGUUUGCCGUGCUUCUAAAUUAAUAAUGUCAUGUAUGUGCUCCUAGUAUAUUUUUUUCAAUUUAUGUAGCUUAGAGUAGUAACCACUUUCUUCCGACUAAUUGGACCUGUGUUAAGAUGUGCUAUAGAACGGAUAGGCUUAGAUUUCUUUUCUUUCGUUACCUCUUUAUUUUGCUUAGUCUCUUAUGUGAUACCUGUAGUCCAGAACUCUAAUGCAGUUUGUAUUAAAUCGUAUUUCAGAAGUACUAGUUUGUAGCAUUUGUUGCUUUCAUUC